AUGGAUUCCUCUCAAGUACUGCGUCAGCAAAGUCAGAACAAAAUCCUGAACGACCAUUCAAGGUAGGCCUACAGAGUAUGAACACAACUCGUCUAUUGUGCGUUAUUUUGGUGGUUGUGUCUCCCUAAUGAUGCAUGGCCACUGUCUAUAGCUGAACCUGAAUUAAAAACAACACUGUGGAUACACUGCCUGAAAAGUAUAUAUGUCUACACUCUCUACAUUGACUGUCCCUCUCCAGUCUCAACAGAAUGACAGCAGACCCAAAGCCAGGCUCUAAACACCCAUCUUUACCCCACCCUUCCAAACACCCCUCUGUACCCCACGGCCAUCCUACCAAACUGGGGUCUGAGAACAAGGACCCAGCAGCAGUCUCAGACAACAGUACCAAGCCCCCUGUAAGACCACUGGGCAUCAGCAGGCUGCCAGUGCUGGCCAAGUCCCUGCCCCUUCAGACUCCCUCUGACUUCACCCUGUCACACAAGAGAUGGGAGGAGAACUCUCUAGCAGUAAGGAACAUCUUUUCCCCAAUCAACUGCAUCACUAAGGGCUGGUUUCCAGGACCCAUAUUAAGCAUAUUCCUGGACUAGAAAGCAGACUCACUGGGUAUUAAACAUUGAAAGUGCUUCUUAGUCCAGGAUUAGGAUUAAUCUGGGUCUGGGAAACCUGCCCUGAAUGUGUCUCUCCCAAGCACUACUUAUCAGUGCUAAAUAAUAAUUAGUUUCUGUAUGUCUCUGUUUUCCUUUAGGGUAAAACCAAGAGGAAGAAACCAAGCACCAAGCCUGUGCCUUUCAACUUCUCUAAUCCCAAGGCCAACCGAAUGGGGGCACAGAACCAGAGGGGACCGCUGGCUACUACUGCAAGGGCUGGUGCUCAACCCACCCAACCUGAAAGUACUUUUAGCAUUGCUGGCCAUCUAAAAACAAGACCCACAUCAACCACUGCCACACUGCCCAGUACCGUCCCAACAACUCAUAACAAGGCCCAAUCAAAGUCAACUGUAGAGCUUGCUGCUCAAAUCCCAACACAUGCACUACACUUGGCAGCUAGAAAAGCAGGUCAAGGGCCUGGAGGCAUCUUGCCACAGCAAAAUAGAGAGACAAGGAAGCCUCAUCUGACCCAGGCUCCCAGUGCUGCCACCUCCAUGUCUUUGUCUCAACAUCCAAAACUAAAAGCCCAGUCUUCUUCAGAAAAUCCAUUGCACGUAUCUGGAUUGGGACAACUUGGUCUUUCCAGACCUCCCAGUUCAUUUGCUCACGGCUCAGGUCUUUCGUCCAGUGCUUUCUCAAUUAGUAGUGCCUCCACUGCCUCAGCCCAGCCCACUGCCCUCAGUACGGAAGCCUGUAGGGGCCAUUUUGACAUGCUCAGCCUCAAAGAUCCUUCCAUGCCUGGGCAGUUACCAAGUAGUACCGCUGGUGAGAAUGGUUUUUAUUACCGAUGGUAUGAUAACAUUUCAGAGCUCAAACCUCCUCAGCCUCUCUCUCUCUAAUACUAUUAUGCCUAUAUAGUCUGUCUCUCCCCACUCUUUCUCUCUCUGCUUAGGCUCUUCAUUUCAUACAUUUUCUUUUUGAAAUUGUAAAUGUGUUCCAUUGUACUGUGUGUGUUCCAGGGAGUGUGGCGGCUGCCUUCCACUCUGACCCCUCUGCCCUACGUAGUAUCCUCCAGAAUGAGGGAGUCAGUGCAGCCAAGGUUUUUAUGUCCAGCCGUCCCUCUACACAAGCCUAUUACAACAUGGUGAGUUGUCCUGUGGAAUGAGGUACCAGGAUUUUGGGUCGGUUGUAGUGAGUUAGUAUUUGUUUGUGUUUUCAAAUAAUGCCAUAGCUACAGUGGGGGAAAAAAGUAUUUAGUCAGCCACCAAUUGUGCAAGUCCUCCCACUUAAAAAGAUGAGAGAGGCCUGUAAUUUUCAUCAUAGGUACACGUCAACUAUGACAGACAAAUUGAGGAAAAAAAAUCCAGAAAAAUCACAUUGUAGGAUUUUUAAUGAAUUUAUUUGCAAAUUAUUAACAAAGCCUACCAUCAGUAACACACUACGCCGCCAGGGACUCAAAUCCUGCAGUGCCAGACGUGUCCCCCUGCUUAAGCCAGUACAUGUCCAGGUCCGUCUGAAGUUUGCUAGAGUGCAUUUGGAUGAUCCAGAAGAGGAUUGGGAGAAUGUCAUAUGGUCAGAUGAAACCAAAAUAGAACUUUUUGGUAAAAACUCAACUCGUCGUGUUUGGAGGACAAAGAAUGCUGAGUUGCAUCCAAAGAACACCAUACCUACUGUGAAGCAUGGGGGUGGAAACAUCAUGCUUUGGGGCUGUUUUUCUGCAAAGGGACCAGGACGACUGAUCCGUGUAAAGGAAAGAAUGAAUGGGGCCAUGUAUCGUGAGAUUUUGAGUGAAAACCUCCUUCCAUCAGCAAGGGCAUUGAAGAUGAAACGUGGCUGGGUCUUUCAGCAUGACAAUGAUCCCAAACACACCGCCCGGGCAAUGAAGGAGUGGCUUCGUAAGAAGCAUUUCAAGGUCCUGGAGUGGCCUAGCCAGUCUCCAGAUCUCAACCCCAUAGAAAAUCUUUGGAGGGAGUUGAAAGUCCGUGUUGCCCAGCGACAGCCCCAAAACAUCACUGCUCUAGAGGAGAUCUACAUGGAGGAAUGGGCCAAAAUACCAGCAACAGUGUGUGAAUACUUUGUGAAGACUUACAGAAAACGUUUGACAUGUGUCAUUGCCAACAAAGGGUAUAUAACAAAGUAUUGAGAAACUUUUGUUAUUGACCAAAUACUUAUUUUCCACCAUAAUUUGCAAAUAAAUUCAUAAAAAAUCCUACAAUGUGAUUUUCUGGAUUUUCUUUUCUCAUUUUGUCUGUCAUAGUUGACGUGUACCUAUGAUGAUAAAUUACAGGCCUCUCUCAUCUUUUUAAGUGGGAGAACUUGCACAAUUGGUGGCUGACUAAAUACUUUUUUCCCCCACUGUAUGUUUGAGGUUGCAUGUUGCAAUUGAACCAAUGGAAUAGCAGCAAACAUUCAAAGUAUUUGAAAGAAAUCAAAUACUAUUUGAACUCAGGUCUGGAUGGUAAUGAUUUUUGCCAAUGAACUAACUAGAGGUGUUCUUUUCUUCGCAGCCCCAGAGAGUAUCCAUCAUGAAGAGUGGCCAGAAGACAGUGCCCUCUGCUGGUCAUUGUAGUUUUUCUCUUGUGAAUUUGCAUUCCUUUAUAUUAUGUAGAUUUACAGGUGGAACUGUUUCAUGUACUGGAGCAUCUUAUAAAAAUACAAUUUGCUGUUUGGUAUACUUUAUGUUCUUGUAUUGCAUUAGGUCCUGUCAGGAAUGUUCAGUUCUAUCCUGACCCUGCGGCCCUGGGCAGCAUCCUGCAGAAUGAAGGGGUCAGCUAUCCUCUCCAGCCCCAGAGAGUGUCUGUCAUGAAGGGUCACCAGAUGACAGCAGCUUCUGCAGGUCAGUGGUAGUACUACUGGACACAUCGCAGAUGUAUGCAAAUUGGCGCCAGAGGAGAUGGCUGCCGUUUUACGGGCUCCUAACCAAUUGUGCUAUUGUGUGUGUUUUGUUUUGCGUUAUUUGUAACUUAUUUUAUACAUAAUGUUUCUGCCACCGUCUCUUACGACCGAAAAUAGUUUCUGGAUAUCAGGACAGCGAUAACUCACCUCGUACUGGACAAAGAUUUUUUCUUUAACGAGUCGGACGCAAAGGAUUUACUUCAGACACCCGACAAGGCCCACAUCCCCGUCAUUCGCAGGAGAAAGAGACUGAGAUAUUGGGGACGUAGGUCGGGGUGUCUUGUAAGGAUCCGACGACGAGUGGGUAAUCUGCCUCUACCAUCAGUCCUAUUAGCCUACAUACAAUCAUAGAACAGCCGCCUCUGGUAAGACAAGGGGUGGCGGUCUGUGUAUAUUUGUAAACAACAGCUGGUGCACGAAAUCUAAUAUUAAGGAAGUCUCAAGGUUUUACUCGCCUGAUGUAGAGUAUCUCAUGAUAAGCUGUAGACCACACUAUUUACCAAGAGAGUUUUCAUCCAUUUUUUUCGUAGCUGUCUAUUUACCACCACAAACCGAUGUUGGCACUAAGACCGCACUCAAUGAGCUGUAUAAGGCCAUAAGCAAACAGGAAAAUGCUCAUCCAGAGGCGGCGCUCCUAGUGGCCGGGAACUUUAAUGCAGGGAAACUUACAUUCGUUUUACCUAAUUUCUACCUGCAUGUUAAAUGUGCAACCAGAGGGAAGAAAAACUCUAGACCACCUUUACUCCACACACAGAGACGCGUACAAUGUUCUCCCUCGCUCUCCAUUUGGCAAAUCUGACCAUAAUUCUAUCCUCCUGUUUCCUGCUUACAAGCAAAAACCAGUGACUCGUCUUAUGAGUUUCUCAGGUAUCAAAGAAUCAAGGAUGCAAGAAUAUACUUAGACAUUCUGUGGAGAUUUCAUACCAAGUAUUUAUUGAAUCACGAGCUCGUGGGUUCAUCUAACAAACGGACAUGGCUUUGCCCUUCAUCAGUUGGACUAACUUAACCAAGAAGACCCUCUACCUUUAUAUACCCUUUAUUACCCUUCUGCUGGCAUACAUCUGGCAAGUCUCCAUGGGCACUCCCUGCCUUUGAUGUUCAUCACUUUUUACCCCAAGUCAGUAUCUUAAACAUCACUCAUGCUAUCCUAAACAUCACUAAUCUACCUUGACAUAAUGGAAUGUAGACUUCAUGGCCCCAAACCACUCAUCUCUUAACUCUUCCUCUGUCCUCACAACACUAUGGCAUGACAUCAUUAUACCAUAAAAACAUAAUAUCACUCGGUCAAUAAAGAAGUGGUCAGAUGACGCAGAUGCUAAACUACAGGACUGUUUUGCUAGCACAGACUGGAAUAUGUUCCGGGAUUCUUCCGAUGGCAUUGAGGAGUACACCACAUCAGUCACUGGCUUCAUCAAUAAGUGCAUCGAUGACGUCGUCCCCACAGUGACCGUACGUACAUAACCCCAACCAGAAGCCAUGGAUUACACGCAACAUCCACUUUCAAGGAGCGGGACUCUAACCCGGACACUUAUAAGAAAUCCUGCUAUGCCCUCCGACAAACCAUCACAGGCAAAGCGUCAAUACAGGACUAAGAUUUAAUCGUACUACACAGACUCCGACGCUCGUCGGAUGUGGCAGGGCUUGCAAACUAUUACAGACUACAAAGGGAAGCACAGCCGCAAGCUGCCCAGUGACACAAGCCUACCAGACGAGCUAAAUUACUUCUAUGCUCGCUUCGAGGCAAGCAACACUGAAGCAUGCAUGAGAGCAUCAGCUGUUCCGGACGACUGUGUGAUCACGCUCUCCGUAGCCGAUGUGAGUAAGACCUUUUAAACAGGUCAACAUUCACAAGGCCAGACUGAUUACCAGGAUGUGUACUCCGAGCAUGCGCUGACCAACUUGGAAGUGUCUUCACUGACAUUUUCAACCUGUCCCUGACUGAGUCCGUAAUACCAACUUGUUUCAAGCAGACCACCAUAGUCCCUGAGCCCAAGAACACUAAGCUAACCUGUCUAAAUGACUACAGACCCGUAGCACUCACGUCAGUAGCCAUGAAGUACUUUGAAAGGCUGGUCAUGGCUCACAUCAACACCAUUAUCCCAGAAACUCUAGACCCACUCCAAUUUGCAUACAGCCCCAACAAAUCCACAAAUGAUGCAAUCUCUAUUGCACUCCACACUGCCCUUUCCCACCUGGACAAGAGGAAGACCUACGUGAGAAUGCUAUUCAUUGACUACAGCUCAGCAUUCAACACCAUAGUGCCCUCACAGCUCAUCACUAAGCUAAGGAUCCUGGGACUAAACACCUCCCUCUGCAACUGGAUCCUGGACUUCCUGACGGGCCGCCCCCAGGUGGUAAGGGUAGGUAACAACACAUCUGCCACGCUGAUCCUCUACACGGGGGCCCCUCAGGGGUGUGUGCUCAGUCCCCUCCUGUACUCCCAGUUCACCCAUGACUGCAUGGCCAGGCACGACUCCAACACCAUCAUUAAGUUUGCCAACGACACAACAGUGGUAGGCCUGAUCACCGACAAUGAUGAGACAGCCUAUAGGGAGGAGGUCAGAGACCUGGCAGUGUGGUGCCAGCACCGUGAUCAAGACAAAGGAGAUUAUUGUGGACUACAGGAAAAGGAGGACCGAGCACACCCCCAUUCUCAUUGACGGGGCUGUAGUGGAGCAGGUUGAGAGCUUCAAGUUCCUUGGUGUCCACAUCGCCAACAAACUAUCAUGGUCCAAACACACCAAGACAGUCGUGAAGGCACAACAAAGCCUAUUCCCCCUUAGGAGACUGAAAAUAUUUGACAUGGGUCCUCAGAUCCUCAAAAUGUUCUACAGCUGCACCAUCGAGAGCAUCCUGACUGGUUGCAUCACUGCCUGGUAUGGCAACUGCUCGGCCUCCGACCGCAAGGCACUACAGAGGGUAGUGCGUACGGCCCAGUACAUCACUGGGGCCAAGCUUCCUGCCAUCCAGGACCUCUAUACCAGGCGGUGUCAGAGGAAGGCCCUAAAAAUUGUGAAAGACUCCACCCUAGUCAUAGACUGUUCUCUCUGCUACUGCACGGCAAGCGGUACCGGAGCUCCAAGUCUAGGUCCAAAAGGCUUCUUAACAGAGUCUAACCCCCAAGCCAUAAGACUCCUGGGACUAUUUGCAUUGAUUUUCCCUCAUCCACCCCCUCUUUUACGCUGUUGACACUCUCUGUUUAUUAUCUAUGCAUUGUCACUUUAACUCUACCUGCAUGUACGUAUUACCUCAAUUACCUCGACUAACCUGUGCCCCCGCACAUUGACUCUGUACCGGUACCCCCUUGUAUAUAGCCUCCCUACUGUUAUGUUAUUUUACUGCUGCUCUUUAAUUAUUUAUUUUUAUUUUUAUUUUUUACUUAUCUAUCUUUUUACUUAACACUUAUUUUUCUUAAAACUGCAUUGUUGGUUAAGGGCUUGUAAGUAAGCAUUUCACUGUAAGGUCUACACCUGUUGUAUUCGGCGCAUGUGACAUACAAUUUGAUUUGUACUGCUGAUAUAGUGUUGACAUUUAGGGCUAUUAGCCGGUGUAAAUGUUAUACGUAGCACCUUUUUUUAUUAAUUUUUUUAUACAAUUUGCACUGAGCUGUUUGAUUAGCCAGCCAAUUCAAACCCCUACUCCGGCUCAAUCUAGGGAAGCUGGGAUAGGCUAGCAAGUCUCUAACCUUGUAUGUGCUUGUAUUGUUUAUAGGUCCCGUAAGGUCUGUUCAGUUCUCCCCUGAGCCUUCCUCCCUCAGCAGCAUGAAUGAAGGGGUCAGCUAUCCUCUCCAGCCCCAGAGAGUGUCUGUCAUGAAGGGUCGCCAGAAGUCGGCAGCCUCUGCAGGUCAGUGGUAGUACUGGUGGACGCAUCCCCAUCUUUGGGCAAGUUUUGAAGAACAAAGUUUAGAAAUCCCAGCAAUAAAUUAGUACUGCUUCAUAGUCAUAAUGCAAAAACAUGCAUUUUAAAGAAGCUUUAUAGCUUCAAAUGGUGAAGAAGAGGAAAAAAAUUGUCAAACUAUUAAGGCUGUAACUUUGUGUUCCAGGUCCAGUACGGAGUGUUCAGUUCUCCCCAGACCCUGCAGCUCUCAGCAGCAUCCUGCAGAAUGAAAGGGUGAAGGCUGGGAGACCCCUGGAGGCCACACCCCAACGCACCUCUGCCUGUCCCUCUGGCAGGGGCACCUCCAUCUACACUGUCAGUCACCUUUUGAUCAAUCAAUUGAUUGAUUUAAUAAUAACAAAAAUACAUAUAAAGCUGCUCCAGCCAGGGUGGAAACAACAGUAUACAUUACAAUUCAGAUUUAAAGCUGCAAUAUGUAACUCUUUGGACAACCCAAUCAAAUUCACAUAGAAAUGGGAGUUAUAUGUCAUUCUUAUUGAAAGCAAGUCAAAGAAGCGGUAGAUCUGUUCUAUUUGCACAUUUUCUAUGCUUCCCAUUCGUAAGUUAAGUUUUUGCAUCUUUUACUUUUGGUUUUGUACACCAGCUUCAAACAGCAGGGGUUUGAAUGGUCGUGAAAGGCCUGGAAAAGUAAUGGCAUUUUUAAAUGGUAUUUUUCCAGGCCUGGAAAAGUUUUGGAAAAUGAUAAAAUCCGAAAAGUUAUGGAAAUUAAUUGAAUUUCUGUUAAUGUAAUUUAUUUAGCCACAGUUUUUAAAUAUUUUAACAAUCAAAUAAAAAUCAACAUAUCAGCCAGGCACGGAAUUACACUUCAGCGCUUCUGCGUUUGCACGCAUCACAUGCGUACGAGACGAGUGGGCCGUUGCUCAAGGAAGAGAGGCAGUCGGCACAUUGCAGCAGCGGAUAGGCCUAGACUAUAAAAUAUGGUAGAAAACAGACUAACUAGGUAGGUUGACAAUUCAAAACAUAUAUUGUACCCUCUAGUUAACUGUUAAGCUAUAAAUGUUUUCGUCAUGUCAUCAAUGUCCCAAAAAACUUUCCACUGACACUCGCGAAUGCAAAAUUGAUUUACUUUUUUGAACGAUUCAUAUGAUUAAUUUAAAUGAUUAUUUUUGAUGAGGCGAACGAUUCACAUCGCUAUUUGAUUAGUUGGACUCGGUUCAAUCGCCUUGAAUCAGUUGAAUCGAAUCAUGUGAAUCAAAAUAAUUUGUGAAUCGUGAACAUUAAUUUUUAGAAAAAAUAUUAGACCUAGCCUUUCUUUUGGAUUAUGUGGAUUCAAAAGUUGUUUUGUAGAUACUUUCAGUUGAUUUGGGCAUCCAAUGUAUGGGGCAUUGUAACUCAAUAUAUGAUAGUCAGCCUGCAAUGUAAACACUUCUAAGGUAGCUAAAUAUGACUGAAGAAAAUGUGUGGGCUUGCUUCAGAUUAAUACAAAUAUUUGUAGCCUACUAUAGCCAUUUGAUCUUUUAAUAUAUUAAAUUAGUUAGUUAUUUAAAAAAGGCAUCAAACAUAUUUGGGUGUAAUGUUGCAAUGUUUUGCAUCAAGGGUGGUUAACCAUCCUCCAGGAGAGCUAAUGGGUGUGCAGGCUUUUAUUCCCCUUUAACAAACCACAUUUUAGAAAUUAGCUGCUCAUCCGGACCUUGAUAAACUGUCUCUGAUGUGUUUGAGCAGGGCUUGAUCAAAAGCCUGCACCCAACUAGCUUUCCAGAUUGAGGGUUGCCCAGGUGUUUUAUAUAGUUGCCAAACAGUUAUUCUACUUUGUGGGAUGUUAAGUGCCUUGCUCAAAGACAGGAGAUGGUACAUGAGAUCAGAGAGCAGCCUCCCAGUGUUGAUACCACAUUACUCUUACUUUUUUUAUAUGUACUGUACAUAGAGGCCUCCAAUUGUUGGUCAUGGAAAAAUUUGGUUGGAAUGUCAUGACUUUUCCAUGACUUCUAUCUAUCAAAAUGUGUGUGAACCCUGGCAGCUGAAAAUACUUAUGGAAAAUAUAUUUCACAGCGGUUUAGAUACAAUGUUUCUCUACACAAUGACUGCUUGUUUUGUCACAAACUGAAAUUAGGCAAACUUAGAAUUUUAGCAACCAGGAAAUAGCGGAGCGAUUUCGGUGUAUUGCACCUUUUUAAAGUCAUUACCAUGCUACGUCCUCAUGUACCUACUUGUCAUGUCUCCUUAGUGCUGCAUGAAACAGGCAGCCACCUUCUACAGAUGAAUAACACAACAUUCAUGGGUGCUUUACCUUUCCAGGCACAGAGAGUACCCAUCACAAAGUGGCACACUGAAGCACCUGGAGGACCUAUGGGUACGUUGGUUAUAUGCUACCAUUUUUAUUGCCAAAUCUCAACCAGAUAUUGACCUUUUUCUCCCUCUCCUCUUGGGUCUGCCUUAUGACAUGAUCUAUCUGUCUGUCCCUCUCCUCAGUGACGUCAGUCAGCCAGACCCCAGCCUUAAAGUGGACACCCCAGCGGGUCCCUGACACCAGGCAUCAGCCCAUGUCCAUGGUCAGUAUGUUCCAGUAAACCCCUGACUCUCAUGUCCAUGGUUAGUAUGUUCCAGUAAACCCCUGACUCUUAUGUCUUUAGAUAUUAUUAUUUUUUACUGUCAACACUAAAGUGGAAAUAUUCAGUAUAUGUUGCCCAUGGUUCGUUCAAUCAAUCAAAUGUAUUUAUAAAGCCCGUUUUACAUCAGCAGGUUCAGAAACCCAGUCUAAAACCCCAAAACAGCAAGCAAUGCAGAUGUAGAAGCACGGUGGCUAGGAAAAACUCCCUAGAAAGGCAGAAACCUAGAAAGGAACCAGGCUCUGAGGGGUGGCCAGUUCUCUUCUGGCUGUGCCGGGUGGAGAUUAUAAGAGUACAUGGCCAUUAAGGCCAGAUUGUUCUUCAAGAUGGGUCAAAUAAUAAUCACAGUGGAUGUAGAGGGUGCAACCGGUCAGCACCUCAGGAGUAAAUGUCAGUUGGCUUUUCAUAGCCGAGCAUUCAGAGGUCGAGACAGCAGGUGCGGUAAAGAAAGGGUCUUAAACAGCAGGUCCGGGACAAGGUAGCACGUCCGGUGAACAGGUUCCAUAGCCGCAGGCAGAACAGUUGAAACUGGAGCAGCAGCACGACCAGGUGGACUGGGGACAGUCAGGAGUCAUCAGGCCAGGUCCUAGGGCUCAGGUCAUCCGGGAUGGGAGGGAGAGAGAGCAAAUUAGAGGGAGCAUACUUAAAUUCACAACCCUGUUAUUGCCAGCACCAUGGAUGCUCUAACUCACUGAGCCAUCUUCUUUCAGAGGAGGCUCCUGUCUGCCCACCAGACCCCCUACUCAGGCUCUCCCAGACUCAGGGGCCUCCAGGGCCACAACAGAGAUCUGGAGACAUGCAAGGAGGUGAGGAGGGGGGCUAACAGGUGGCAUUUACUUGCCAAGAUUGUGAUGGGUUGACAUACUUUAGUUGAAUGCAGUGUUUGUAAGUCGCUCUGAAUAAGAGUGUCUGCUAAAUGACUAACAUGUAAAUGUUUGUGUGGGGCAGGAGGUUGUCCAGAGAUUGUUUAAGGAGACUGAGGACCAAGAGGAGGAAGAACGGACAGACGGUGUGGCAUUGGAUCAAGAUCCUGCUGAGACGCGAGCAGACCAACAGCUGGCGAAGGAGGAGGAGCAAAGCAACACAGGAGGACGACUCCAGACUUUCUUCCAAGCCCCACACAGAGAAUCAGUCAUUUUCUUCUCAACUGGCAAGAAGCUGCACAGAGCAGCUCCAGCACACGAACAGGAGAGCCCUGUGGCCGGAUUUCUGGAGCGAGGUGGGCCCCUGGAGCGAGGUGGGCCCCUGGAGCGAGAUGGGCCCCUGGAGCAUUGUGCUGCAGGGGCCAGAGCUGCAGGAGCACAGGAGGCGAUGGACAGCCUCCCACUGCAACCAGAGUUAGACAGAGCCUCUGCACCAGAGAUCCCUGAAGUCACAGCUGCAGUCUCAGACCUGACCAGGUUGACCAACCUCUCAGCCUUUGUCCCCCUGAGCCAGCCCAGAGGUAGGACUCAGUCAGUAUAUACUAGCUGACUGUGCUUCUGCUUGCUCUUUGGAGUCUAAUCCAGGUUGAUCCAACUGAUUAUGCAGAAAGGGCUUUAUAAAUACAUGUUUAAUCGAUCUGUAACCAUGUAUCGUUGCAGGUAGUAUUAUGUUCCCAAAGAGCGGUGCUCUGAGUUCUGCUACAGCCUUGCUCCGCCGGCGCCUCCCCCUUCUGAAGGAGCUACGUCUUGACGAGGAGGUGGCCACCUACACCUCCUCCCCAGCCCUUCCUCCCUCAUCCUCCUGGCCCCAGCAGACCCGCUGUGGAAACCCUGUAGCAGCAGCCCUGUAUCUCCAGGACUAUGCU